AUGCUUGCUGAGAAGAGCCGCCUACACAAAGCCUACGUAGAUCACCCCACUGAUGCCACCAAAGCUGCCUUCUACCCUAGUCGCCGCCAACUGCCCCAACGUCUGCGCGAGAUGCAGGACGCCUGGACUGCUCGCAAAGCUGAGGAGAUCCAAUGCUACGCGGACCGCAACGAAUGGAAGAACUUCUUCUCCGCGAUCAAAGCUGUCUACGGUCCGCCGACGAAGGACACUGCUCCUCUCCUCAGCGCUGAAGGCAACACUCUCCUGACUGAGCAGACGCAAAUCCUGUAG